UAAAAAGGAUGCUCAGAUUCCCCUUCUUCUUCAGCAAGAAAUCACCGAACAAAACCUUUGUCGUCGAAGAGUCAGUGCAGUUCGGAGCGCGCAAGAAAUUGAACAAGGGAUAGUGAAGUUUUGUCAAGAAUUCGAUGGGUGACAGCCAGUACUCUUUCUCGCUAACCACCUUCAGCCCUUCAGGAAAGCUUGUUCAAAUUGAACAUGCCUUGACUGCUGUUGGAUCGGGUCAAACGUCCCUAGGAAUUAAAGCUGCUAAUGGGGUUGUCAUCGCAACAGAGAAGAAAUUACCUUCGAUUUUAGUUGAUGAGACAUCUGUGCAAAAGAUUCAGAUUUUAACCCCUAACAUUGGGGUUGUUUACAGUGGCAUGGGUCCUGAUUCUCGUGUUUUGGUUCGAAAAAGCAGAAAACAGGCUGAGCAAUAUUUUCGGCUAUAUAAAGAAUCUAUUCCAGUUACUCAACUGGUGAGGGAAACUGCCACUGUUAUGCAGGAAUUCACUCAAUCUGGUGGUGUGAGGCCAUUUGGUGUAUCACUCUUGGUUGCUGGAUAUGACGACAAGGGUCCGCAACUAUAUCAGGUGGAUCCUUCUGGCUCAUACUUUUCGUGGAAAGCUUCAGCUAUGGGAAAGAAUGUUUCCAAUGCAAAGACAUUUCUAGAGAAAAGGUACACAGAAGAUAUGGAACUCGAUGAUGCUGUGCAUACGGCAAUUUUGACUCUGAAAGAGGGAUUUGAAGGACAGAUCUCAGGCAAAAACAUUGAGAUUGGCGUAAUUGGCAACGACAAGAUAUUCAGGGUUCUAACACCAUCUGAAGUUAAUGAUUACCUACAGGAAGUUGAAUAAUCCUCCCCGGCCAAGAUUUCUCAUCGAUGCGCAAACUCUUUCAAUUGCUUUGUUAAGAUGUUGUCCCAACAUUUCCUGCAAACUCUACAUUAUGUUCUUACCCUUACCGGGGGAUAAUUACCGUAAUUUGGGAUUUUUUUUAUAAAGCACACUGAAUUUUUACAAUGGUA